UUGCCAAGGCUGCGUGGAGUGUAGGGGCAGUGCCAGUGGGCAGUGGAGCUGAACGCUGGGGGGGAGAGAGGGAGGGAGGGGAACGCAGCAGACGGGAUCAGAGGCUCUGCGUCUGUGGACGGUGUUGUCUUUCUCUCCCCGUUCUGCACCACGCUGAGAUAGACUCGACUUGGUGUGACACACACAGCACACUACAAAAGUUACACCGGCACACACUGAGAUAAACUACACACACACACUACAACAUGCUAUAUACACACGUACACCGAAAUAGACGAGACAAAUAGUGGCACGCACUACAACAGGCUACACACACAGCAUCAUACACACACACACACUACUACAGGCUACGUGUACACACACACUGGCAGACUCAUCACACGUCCACAUAUACAGGACAUUGCAGACCCCUUGCCUACACACAAAGGCGCAUACACCAGCACUGCGAAAGUAUACUGAGACGUACACAACGGCGCACACGAACAUUGGGAAUAGACUCCACCAUACGCAAUCGCUCACACGAACUCUCGAUUGGGCCACACAGGCAAUUAACAUACAGGCCGCCAAGCCAUUGCGCCUCGGGUACAUACACACACACGUGCACUUAGACAUGGCAAAUGAUUACAAGCACACAUGAAGAAUAUGCGCAUGUAUCAUAACAGUCUCUACUGCACCCGUAACAUAUGUCGCGUAACAUUGCAGUAGGUUGCUGAUAUAUAUACCGGAUAGGUACACUGCCUAUGCAAUCGAAGGCACACAGGUCUCAUUGCACAUACAUGGGCUGUGCAUAGGUAACACACAACAGUGUACAAUAAAGGCAAUACAUACAUGACACACACUCCCAUACCUAGCUGAUAUUAAAUAUACAAAUGUUUACGUUUUCACACGUACAAAGGAAAUAUUGACAGGCACACACAAUUGACAGCAGGUCACGUACAUGCAGCUACACGUGCAUUGUCACAGAUGCGUUGAACGCGCAUGCACACAGUUUGAGAUGCGUGCAUCACACACAGAGUUUCAUUACACGUAGUAUUGCACGCAUACACAAUAUUGUGUCAAGCGUAUAGUGUUAUACACGUACACAUAACGGACGUACGACGUUGCUUUACAUACCUUGACAAGCGUAGGGCGAACACACAGACACACAUCAUUCGGCAUCGUUACGCAUGGUCACGCUGAAACACGUAGCAGUCGCACACGCGUAUAAACGCUCUUUAAUCGGCUGAAAACAUCUCAACACAUAGAGGACCGCAAAGCUUGGGCAAAGUGUUGGUUCGCCGGAUCACCACCUGCCCGCCGCCUUCCAAGCCCGUCUGUGGCUCCUCGGCGAUUGCGAGACGCGAUCCGAACGAGCGUCGAUAUGCAAGACCGCGGAUGAUCAUCGCCGGCAUUCGCACGCUUGCCCAGAGAGCUGUGCACGCGACGCACACUCAGCGACGGUGCACGCGAGGCUCCGUCGCGCGCGGCGCACAGAGCCGGUGUGCACGGGAGCCCUGCUGGUCGGGACCUUCUCGGAAUAAGAUGCGACCACCCCCCAGCGCGCCGCUCGCUGCUCGUCGGGCCCCGCCGCUGCUGCUGAUGCCGCUGCUGCUGCCGCUGAUGCUGCUGGCGAUGUCGGCAGUGCCAGGCCGCGCCCAGCCCGCGGCGGAUGGGACGGCCCGGACCUCGACGGAGGAGCUGGACGCCGACUCCACGCCGCGACUGAUGUCGGAGCAGCCGAACCUCGUGCGCGCGCAGGCCGAGGGCGGCAACUGCCGCUGCAAGUGCGUGGUGCGCCCGCUGGGACACGGCGCCUGCGAACGCCUGCGCGCCGCCUCCGCCGCAGGCAGCGGUGGCCGCCCCGUCGACUCGUACGCCGUGGAGACGGUGACGGCGGGAGGCAGCGACUGCCGCUGCGCCUGCUCGGCGCCGCCCGCCUCGCUCAACCCCUGCGAGGCCGAGUGGAGGCUCGACCGCCUGAAGGCGCGCUCGCCCGACCUCGCCAAGCUCUCCUCCCUGUCGGAGAUCCUGGAGGGGGCUCUGUACAGCGUUGACCUGCUCAAGAUCCACUCGUUCGUGACUCGCCUCACGCAGCAGAUGACCAAGCUGGAGGAGGCCGUGAACGUGAACCUGACGAGGGAGAACGAGGUGAUCAAGGAGAGCAUCGGGCGCCUCAACGGGCAGAUGCACAAGUACGAGAACUACACGGACAUCAUCCUGGGCAUCAAGAAGGAGAUCUCGUCCAUCGGCCUGGCCCUGCUGCAGAAGGACUCGGCCAGCACCCAGGACGUCCGAGCGCAGGACGCGGCGGGCCCGGCUAAGGCGGCCGAAGCCUCCAAGCCGGCGCACGGCAAGGCGGCGGCGGCGGCGGCCGCCUCCAAGAAGCAGGAGGCCGCGGCGAAGGUGGCGCGGGAGAAGGAGAUGCGGGGGAAGGAGACGCGGGGCAAGGAGGCGACGGGGAAGACGGGGGUGCAGACCCGGGCGGCACCACCCCGACCCCGUGCUGCCUCCGUGCCAGCCGGGAGAGCGGCCGUGCUGCGGGAGGUGAAGUACUACCGCACGGAGCGAGGGGACGAGCGGCACAGCGACGCACGCCACCGCAACACUGUGCUUGCCGGAGCAGAGGGGCAACCGAGCCACCACCACCACCACUACGUGGGAGGCUCUGCCGGGAGAGACGAAGCGGUGGCCGACAGUGCCGGACCAACCACCACCGCUGCCACCACCACCACAACCACCAGGGCCACCACCACCACCACCACUACGCAGAGCACGACAACCACGACCCGGCCCACCACAACCACCGAGCCUCCGCCUGAACCGACCGCAGAAGCGCCGUCCUCCACGUGCUACGGCACGCUGUCCACCGUGGCGGCGCCCGUGCAGCACAACAGCUACGGGCGCAGCGAGGGCGCCUGGAUGAAGGACCCGCUGGCGAGCGACGGGCGCAUCUUCGUCACCAACUACUACUACGGGAACAGCAUCGUGGAGUUCCGCGGCCUCGACAGCUUCAAGGAGGGCCGCUGGAGCAACAUCUACAAGCUGCCCUACAACUGGAUCGGCACGGGCCACGUGAUCUACAACGGCUCGCUCUUCUACAACCGCGCCUUCUCGCGCCACAUCAUCAAGUACGACCUGCGCGCACGCCUCCUCGCCUCGUGGGCCCUGCUGCCCGACGCCGUCUACGAGGAGACGACGCCCUGGCGCUGGCGCGGCCACUCGGACAUCGACUUCGCGGCCGACGAGACGGGGCUCUGGGUCAUCUACCCCUCGGUGGACGACGAGACGACGCGGGAGGACGUCAUCGUGCUGAGCCGCCUGAACGCGAGCGACCUGUCGACGCAGCGCGAGACCACGUGGCGCACGAGCCUGCGCCGGGGCCACUACGGCAACUGCUUCGUGGUGUGCGGCGUCCUCUACGCCGUCGACGAGUACAACCGUCGCAACGCCACGGUGUUCUACGCGUACGACACCCACACAAGUACGCAGGUGGCCAUCCGCAUCCCCUUCACCAACGAGUUCGGCUACACCACGCAGAUCGACUACAACCCCGGGGACAAAGUCAUCUACGCCUGGGACAACGGCCGCCAGGUCACCUACAACGUCACCUUCAUCUACUGAGCGUCGGGCGCUCGCUCGCUCGCUCGCGUGGCCUCGGCCCCGGCCUGCGUGGACGCGGGGAGGGGUGACGGAGCGCUUCUUUCGCGAGGCUCUGGCCAUGCGACGUUCGAUGGGAGCUCGAAAAGCCCAUCUUUGCCGCUACUGUUUCCCCAGCGAGAUCGAGGGUCCCGGCCAACGGAAUUUGACUCUCCCGCUCACUGUGGCGCACGACCGUGGCCACCGAGAACGGAACCAUGGGACGUGUCACGUAGACUCAAUGCCCGAUUCACAAAUACGAAGGAGGGAGGCGUCAUCACGGCAGUAAUUAGACCACUCCGCUACUCCUGACACGGCCAUCUAGCUCAACCACCUCAAUGCAAGAUCAUUAUUGUUCUUCUACACCAACAUCAUCCACAUGAAGGAGAAGUCACAGUGGCGGAGCCAGUUGCUCUGGGGAAGAUCCCUUGCAAUGGACCCCAAAGCUCAUUUGGGGCCUCCACUGACCCAGAUUCAAGCCCUGGGCUGCAUCGGUGCCCUUGCUGUCUCCCUGGCCACGCAGGGAGCGGUACACUGUGCUGCAGACAGCCUUGGACAUUGCUGAUGGGGUUUAGGUGAGUGGGGCAGAAUAGAUGUGGGGCCGAAAACAAUGUUGUGGCUUUAGGUGCCCAGUGGCCCCUUAGCCAGCGCUGUCUGUGAGGCCACUGCGGGACGUGUGGAAGUGUUCUGCCAAAGACACUCUGCAACCCAACUGCCAAUGCCAUCGUUUUACAGAUUGCGCACUGAGAUCCAGUGCGGGUUUUCUGCGUGACGCGCACGGGGUGCGAACCAACGGAAUUUCGUUUUUUUUGUUUAAUGAAAACAACAUGCUAAAAUGUAAAAUCUUGCAAGUUGCUCAAUUGGGAUUACACGGAGCAGCAGCAGCAGCAUCUCGCUCCCCUACUGCGGAAACUUGGGGGAGGACCCCGCCUGAGAAUGGGCCUUGAGACUCAGCGAGACUUUCCUGGGUAAUCAAGCAUAGUAGUAGUAAUUAUAAUCACUACGUGGCUGACCGGCUUGUGGAGCUGGUAGCCGUGACAGGGUGCCGAGUUGGUAACUGCCGAGAUCCUGUGUUCGGGCCCUGAGCCUGGGCGGGCUCUUCACUGAGGCUGAUGGCCAUGGUCAGGGAUCUGAGCCAUCGCCCCCCCCCCCCACCUUCAAGCGCCUGGGUUCGUCAGGAGUCCCACUCACCGUCGUGGGAAGGGAGCAGGGCAGCACAGUGGCAUCACGUGGCAGGGCGGCAGGUUAGGUGGCGCAGCGGGAGCAUGUGCGUUCUUCCCCUCUCUUGCAUGCUUCAGCUUCCUCCCACGGCUAACAGAACGAAAAAAAAACAUUCAACCUAACUGGCAUUAGCCAAACAUCCCAACGCUGCAAUAUUACCGACAAAUUACCUAGGUGAGAUUACGAAUAGCAACAUCGGAUUGCAGCUGCCCAGCCCUGUUAGUGCUGGCAUCAACCUUAGAGGCCUCUGUUCGGCAGUAGAUCGAGAAUAGCUGCUGUUGAUCCUGUGCUUUUGUUCAUCUUGUGUAAGCGAGUCGUGCUGUUUCGUGCAUCUUGCUCGUUCGGUUUUGGACCGUUCAGAACGAAGCGCAGCCGCGGAAUUGUGACCCAUCCUUUGUUGUUCCUUCGGUGGGCCACGUUCGGCGGAUCUCUCUCGUGGGCAAUGCGGAAAACCUGGACUGGACUCUUCAUGUGCCCUGGAAUUCAAAGUUGGUCCAUUAUGCGGUGACUUUCGUAAAGUUGUGCUUUUUAAAGGUUCCCACAUCUUUAGGGUUAUGGUUUCUCAAGGGGACAUCGGCUAUGUAUGCACGUAUUUUGAACUUUUUGUGCACCGCACGUAGCCAACCGUGCUAAUUGGAGGUGUGGGGCAAGGACAACAAACUAAACACAAAAAUCAGUUAUAAAGAAAUGCAUUUUAAACCUAGAUUUAAAAGUGCAUGGCUCCAGUGGCUUCCUAAUAUCGGAAGGAAGAGCGUCCCAGACGGCCGCGCGACGCGGCCAACCGUCUUUCUUCGAUGGUCAGCCCAAAGCCGGAGCUCUGUUCGAUACGCACUGCUCUCGCUGGACUACUACAGAUCAUUCAGGGACGACAGCCAGGGCCGUCCAGAGGCGGCGGAGGUGGGUAGGGGAAGCAAAAUCGGCGAUUUGACCCGGGUCACGCGCAACAAGAGGUGCCCCACCAACAUGCCCGUUUGUUUUGUCACUGACGAAAUAAAGAUAGCCCCCCACGUGGCCUCCGGGAAUCUCUGGGCGGCCCUGGGGCACAGGCUAGGUGCUGUCAUUGAUGUUUCAUUUGUUUAAUUAUUCACGACUCUCGUUCGCCUGUUUCACAUCUCUGCUGUGCGGAAAUUUUUUGCUCGGACCCACAUUUGAGAGACGUUUCUCCAAGUGUCGAGUCUCUGCACGUAGCUAUUUUAUUGUGGUUUUUUUUUACAUGCCGAGUGAAAACGUCGAAAAGGAAGCCUCGUGUGGAUUGUGCAAGUGUUGCGUACGUGAGUUUUAAAUGCAUUUACUGUGUUCCACACGUGGCUGGGAGGCACAGUUUGUAAUCGAUCAAACUCGAUCCAGUGCAUUGGCGACACAUGCAUAACAUCGUGUAAGUGAAAAUGUUUGUUGUUGUUGUAAGGGUUAUGCAAAUCGUCAGUAACUUAUAUUGCAAAUGUAACCGGCUAAUGGAACACAAA